UUCAAUGAAGUAGCGAUAAUGAUUAGAUGGAAUUCCGAUAAGAACAUAAUAUAAAAUCAGAUUUUGCAAUAGAUAGGACAGUCACGACCACUGUCAGUGUAUAGUGUUGUGUCUGAAAAAUGCCUGAUUAUAUACGUAUCGAUUCUGAUUCUUCCAGUGCAACAUGGGGAUCGCUUACAGGUUUGGAAAAGAAACUUAUCCUUCUAAGCGUUAUACUUGGUAUAUUGCUCCUGGCUUUUAUGAUCUUAUUGGGAAUAAAUGUGAAACGAUGUGAUGAUUCUCCAUCUUCAAAUUCUACAACAAUCGCUCCAACGAAUGGAACAACACCAUCAUCUGAUGGAACUACUCCUGCAACAAGUACAAUUUCAGAUGAAACUACAAUAUCAACAGAAGAUCCUUCUACAACUUCUUCUAUUUCAGAUGUAACUACUACACCAGUUCCUCCUGCACCUAAUUCGUCGAGUAAGUUGACUCUACAAACGAAGGGAAUAUGUAGCUUCGUCUUAUUAGAAAUAGUUCUCACUGUGAUGUUCUCCAUCAUACCUGCAUAUCGUUUCAUCUUGUAAUGAGCCACUUCAACGUUUGAAAAAUUCAAAUGAAAAUAUGGAUGGACAUCCUCAACUGCAAAAGGCUAUUGGUUGAAACGAUGAACGGAAACUUGUUACAACUUGUAAAACUGAUUGAAUAAAAUGGAAAAAAUGGAA